AUGGCGAGGCUGGUGGCUCUGCUCCUGACGCUGGCUGCGUCUGUGGUGGCGAUGCAGAUGCCCGAAGGAAGAGUGGCAGCCAACAGCAGCUACGUGCGUGAGGGCGUGCGGCCGGUGAUCGGCGCUGCUCCGUACCGCGGCCAGUUCCCGCACACGGUGGGCAUCGUGGCCGACGGAACCACCACGUGCAGCGGCGCCCUGCUCUCCAGCAGAUGGGUGCUCACCGCCGCCGUCUGCUGCUACGGGUACACAUACUGGGAUGUGUGGAUCGGCGUGCAAGACAUGGACACACUGGAGGACGAGCGGGUCACCAUCACUAGCAAUAUAUGCAACAUCCACCCAGGCUUCGACGCCAGCACCGUCAACAACUGGCCAAAAUACAACAUGGCCAUCGUGGAUCUCGACUGCUACGUCACAGGCGCCUCCAAUUACAUUAGACCUGCCAUACUACCAACGUUUGCAGACGCUGGCAAUUACUACGCCAAUCAAGUUGGCUAUUUCACCGGAUGGGGGGCGGCCGGAGGGGGAUUUUCUCGGCAGCUGCUGUACUCGGAGAUGACAAGCAUUGGAAAUUGUGGAGCUAUUAGCUUCUUCAUGUGCGGGACAACCGCAACUGGAGAGGUGAUCGGGAACGGUGAUUACGGAGGCGCGCUGGUGCAGCAGAGUGACAGUGGAUACACGCUCAUCGGUAUCGCCGGCUUCUCGGUGCCCACCAGCUCGUGGACCGUCUUCACCCUGGUCUCGCCCUACCUCACGUGGAUAGAGGUGGUUACGUCCAUCAUGGUAUCCUGA